UUCAACAGUUUCUCGAUGCGUCUCGUACCGGGAAUCUUGACCUCUUCAAGAAAUUAGCGACGCAACUGGACGAGGGGAGGGGGCUGGCGCAAACGGUGGCUGAUGUAAAGGACGCUAACAAGCGAGGGGCUCUUCAUUUUGCUGCGAGAGAGGGCAAGACUGAGGUGUGCAAGUACUUGCUGGAGGACUUGAAGCUCGAUGUGAUACAAAAGACGAAGAUGGAUAUGGAUGCUUCGUUUAGCCUGCUUUUGGUUAUGUUUUGGAAUCUCCAUUGCUUGACAGGUGAAACUCCUCUUAUUCAUGCUGCUCGGCAAGGACAUACUUCCACUGCCAAAUACCUUAUUGAGUGCGGUGCUGAUCCUGAAAUACCCAGUGAACUGGGGGCCACAGCUCUGCACCAUGCUGCGGGAAUAGGAGAUAUUGAGUUGCUGAGGUUCUUACUUUCCCACGAUGUAGAUGUUAAUUCACAAAGUGAUGCUGGUACUGCGCUAAUUUGGGCUGCUGGUCAUGGCCAGCAAGAUGCUGUAAAAGUUUUGCUAGAACACCAUGCUAAUAAACUACCAUUGGAGUGGUUGAAGCUCAACACUGAUGGUGCUGCAAAGGGCUGCUCUUGUCCCACAGCUUGUGGGCUAUAUUCUGCACUUUCGCCUAAUGCUGAAACUGAUGAUAAUAUCACUCCCUUGUUAUCAGCUGUAGCGGCGGGAUCAUUGGCAUGCUUAGAACAGUUGAUUCAGGAAAAGAAGAACUUGGGAAUUCUUGCUCCAACACACAAUUCACUUGGAUGUUUACAUUUUCUGGCAGGUGCUGAUGUGAAUGUUAUUGCAGGUGGAGCAACCCCUUUGCACAUUGCUGCUGAUAAUGGUAGCAUUGAUAUUAUUAACUGCAUAUUAAAAGCCGGAGGUGAUCCCAAUGUCACUGAUGAGGUGAGGCUUUGA